CUCUUGUGUCACAGUAUGUAUUGUGGCUGUGUUCCAAAUUUACUGCCAACAGUGAUGAAAAUACAGUUUACGUUUCGUGCAUUAUAGAUUUUCACUCGGAUUUCAGUACAGGCAGUUAAUUUUGGAUGGAACAUAGCCUAAGAAGAUGAAGCGUGAUGACGCAUCGAGAAGGCUUGAAGAGUGCUCGAGCAGUUCGAAUCAAGUUAUUGUCAAUAUUAUAUAGUUAAUCAACUGAUCCACUAUAUAACGAUGGAGAACAUUCGUUCACCAAUGGAUAAUCUCUUCAACAUGCUGUCAGGCUUCAGCGCAGGCCAAGAAAAAGCCCUAAAACAAGGAAUUUAUAACGCUGUUGCACUUUUCUUCCUGUGUCUCGUCUCGGUAGCCGGUUACGGUCUCUACAUUAUAUUGAGACCUUUUGUUAAACCUUUAAUCUGGGCAUUACUGUGCGGUUCUGUUCUCUUCCCAUUUAAGUGUUUGCUGGUUACAGCGGUGCAAUCUUGGUUCACCAAAGUGGAGGCAUCACGUACCUUACUAAUCGUCAAUGUCAGCUUAUUGCCGGUACAUAUAUUUGACAAUGUCUCUGAGAGAGUGGGUUCAUUUUUAUGGAUGCACAUGAAAUAUAUCGUUUGGACAGUAUUACUAGCGUUGGUGGCUGUAGGCUUAUAUCAUUUCACUCCUAAUGUAAUAAUGUGUCUCGCCUGGAGAAUGUUUCAGACAUUUAGCAUUAUUUCUGGAUUCUUCAUUCUGGCAUGCAACAUCUUUACGGUUUCUACCAUACUCGUCGGUUACUUCGUGAUUCUGUAUAUCUAUUGGACACCGUCAAAUUCGGCUCAUUUUCGUUACAUGUCCUUUAUGAUAUGGUUCAUCAUCAGCAUGUAUCUAUCGAGUAUAGCGGGUUCUUAUCAGGUCUUAGUCUUCACUGCUCUACAAAUUCUAUGCAUAAUAGGAUUUAUUUACGAAGCGAUACUCGUUAUGGAUGCUCAUGAGCUGAAUGGUAGACAUUUGACAUUCUCGCAAGCAGCCCGUUUUGCUUUAACAAACGAAUUAUUGCCGAGCCAGCAAGAAGAUAAAUCAACUUCACUCGAGGACGAGCAGACAAAAAAUUGUAUUCCGGAAGGCGAAAGCGCGGAUACGCCGAUUUGCUCUCAAGAAGAAGUAGGAAAAUCGACAUUUGCUGAUGCAACAGGUAUUGAGAGAAUACGUAGCACGUCGAGACGUGGAGUAAAGUCAUUGUCUUUGGAUACGGAUGCUGGUUUAUCCGCCGUAAUGGGUGUGACAACACGUACACCUGCGUAUAACAUACAUUAUAUAACUCGUGCGACAUUACGCGAUCGUUAUCUGCUGGGCAAAAUAAGAGCCGAAUUACGAACGUCUCUAGAUAUGCAAGAUGAUGAGGUUGAUACUGACAAAUAUAUGUAUGGGGCACUAUAUGCAUGUGCUGGCAUGCUUCUCUGGAAACACAGAUGGAUCGCACACAUUCUGGUGAUCCCGUUGGUAUAUUAUAUCGUUAAACAGUUGGGUAGCUAUUUCGGUUUUUGGAACAUGAUACUCGGGCAUUGCAAUUCAAUGAUAGAAAUACUCAAGUCGUGGUGCAUGGAUCGACAUCAAGCACUCAUACCCUCCAAUAUCAGAGGUCUCUAUAAAAUAAGCGUUAUCGUGGAUGAGAAACUAAGAAAUAUUCUGAAAAACUCCGUCAAUGCGGUAGCGACUACAUCUGUAAUACUUGGCUUGAUUGUUUUCGUUACUUGCGCAUCUAUUUUUAUUAUGAUACAGAUCUAUGCAGAAGGCUUGCAUCUUGUUCAAGUAACAGGUGAAAUAUUGAAUUCCACUUUGAUGAGCAAUCCUGAUAUCGAUUGGGUUCCAGAAAAAUGGGAAGAGUCCGUUAACAGUGUUUUAGAUAACAUUUACACAUAUGGACGAAGUGCUAUAUCGGACGGCAUUCGGAGUCUCGUAAAAGAUCUCGAACCGACGAAGGCAGAACAAAUGGAGAAGAAAGUCUUGGAGCUUUGGGAUCGUCUCUAUCAAGCAUGGAUGAUGUCAAAUAUGGAUCCGAAUCUCGUGGGUCCUACCGUAGAUGCUAUGUCUGCGUAUUCCGCUUGGGAAAGCUUCAAAGAUAGCAUUGGAAAAACACCUAUACAUUUGUUCAAUAUGACUAGUAUACAGAAUUUUGCCAAAGAAAAUAUUGGCAUUCUUACAUCAGUGUUUGAUUCUGUUUGGAGCAUUGUUAAAGGCAAUAUAUCUGUAAUACUAACAAUUUUUACGGAGUUAUUUUAUAUUGUACUCAUGAGUGGAUCAGCUGUACUUAAUUUUGUACUCAGCACGGUUGUAUUCUUUACAACUUUAUUUUACUUGCUCAGUUCCAGCGAUAAAACUUAUAAACCCAUCGAACUGACAACAAUGUUUAGUCCUAUUAGUUGUCACAGAUUUGCUAUGUCAUUACAAGAAGCAGUGAUUGGAGUAUUCGCGGCUACUUUUAAACUCGCAUCCUUCUUCGGCAUGUGGACAUGGUUCAUACAUAAUUUGUUUCAAGUGAAGAUUGUCUAUUUACCAUCGGCCCUUGCAACUAUGUUAGGGGCAGUUCCUUUUUUGGAUGCGUACUUUGCCUGCAUUCCGGCUACCAUAGAACUUUGGUUCACUCGUGGAUCAAUGAUCGCUAUCUCAUUUUUUCUCUUCCAUUUCCUUCCGUGUAACAUAGUAGUGACGGAGUUUUAUAAAGAGAUUAAAGGUGGUGGGCAUCCUUAUCUAACAGGUUUAUCGAUAGCGGGUGGAAUCUUUUGUUUAGGUGUAGAAGGAGCAAUUUUUGGCCCUUUGCUCUUGUGUUGUAUCAUGGUUGUCAUCAAUUUAAGUCGACGUUACCUAAACUCACCUGAGGAAGAGGAGGAGGUCGUACUACCGGCAUAUGAAAGAACAUCACAAUAUAAGUCAAAAUAAAUAACAUUACGAUUUUAACAAAUAA